AUGUCACAUGCUUCUUCGGCCGAAAGCGAGACUUUAACUUCCGGUAGUAUUCUCAGAAGUCUACUCUUGGAGAAGAAGCAUUACAAUACGAAUAAUGAAAAAAUAAUGGCUAUAUCCAGUGCUAUUCAUAUAUCGUCAAAUGGUAAAAAAGCAGCAUUAACUGUGCAGGACAAUUAUGCACAGUUUUCCCUACCAAAUACACUUUCCGUGAAGUGUGCCUCCAACUCUGUAUCCGCUAAUACAAAUGUUAGCAAAGAUUAUUUACAAUCUUAUACUUCAUCAAGGAUUUCCACCAAUGUUAUACAAAAGGUUGAAAGAGUGUUUUUAAAAUGGAAAGUUAUGUUGAACAAUCAACAUGAAUUAAUAAUUAAAGGAACAUUAGCAUGCGGAAAAAUUGCACACAGCAAGCCUAUAUCAAGAAGAUACACCGCAACAUGUAUUGAAUCGAAAUUCAAAUAUAAAUAUCAUCCUGAAGGGACUAUUGUUGACGAAACAAAUGAUUUGCUGAAUUAUGUACCCGGAAAGUUUUACAACGGCUUUCCCGAUGACUGGAAAAAUGUUUAUCUGCUAUGGAGAACAUACGUUAACCAGGGAUGUCCAAUAACAUUUCAUUGGCUUACUCCUAUUACCGAUAGCGAUGAUGACUUGAAGAGUGAAAUGACGGAUCUGAGUUACACAUCCGUGAACAAUGAUAAAGUUGUUCCCAGAACAAAGUUUCACAGAUUAGCUGAACGUAUUAAAGAGGAUACUUUGGAUACCAAUUAUUUAAAUUCACCUUUGAAUAUUAACAUUUUAUUUUUUUCAAUAGCGGAAAAAUUGCACACAGCAAGCCUAUAUCAAGAAGAUACACCGCAACGUGGAUGUCCGAUAACAUUUCAUUGGCUUACUCCUAUUACCGAUAGCGAUGAUGACUCGAAGAGUGAAAUGACAGAUCUGAGAUACACAUGCGUGAACAAUGAUGAAGUUGUUCCCAGAACAAAGUCUCACAGAUUAGCUGAACGUAUUCAGUCUGAAUAUUCGAGUAAUAAGUUUCCAAAAAAGAAGGAAAAAUAUAAUAAUUGCUUGAAAUACAGUUCUCAAAAUUACGAGAAAAAUACUUUGUUCAUAAAGCCUUUAAUUCCCGAGUCAAAAAACAAAGCACCUGUUUCACAAACGAGCUUGGCAUAUGACGAAGAUGGUGAGCAGAAUUUUAGACCGAACGUAAAUACAUCGCACUCUUCCAGGAAAAUGACCAUAUUGAAGGACUACAUCCAGAAGGAUAAACCGAAUAUUAUUAUCAAUAAUUUGAUAGAUAAGAAUUGUUCUCGGGCAUAUAUUGAUAAGAUUGUCGAGAUGUGUGAUUGUUUGAAUUAUGUAGCGUCUUAUGAAGCGCUUUCAGAAUGCAUUCACAGCCCGAUGGUUCUCGCAAGACAACAUACUUUCAAGUCGGAACAGACUUCGCCACAGCAGACCGCCAUGCUCGAUAGCAAUUGUGUAGACACUAACAAGAUUGGAAACCGAACGAUGGAACCGAAAAGCUACGUGCAUUCUAGCGAUCUGGGAUACAAAAGCGUAAAAAAUGACUUCAUCACCGCUCAUCAGUCGAAUCCAAUAAGUACUAAGCCGGAGCGCAACGAUUACAAAAAUUUGGACAAAUCGGAGAGUGAGAUUUACUCGGGCAUACCAAAAAUACAGAUCGAACGAGUUUUAAGACAUAGAGAAAGAAUGCACAACGGUCAAGUGGAAAAGAAAAUAAUGCCUCAGAAAUAUGCGGCGAAUUCGCAGCACAAUGCGAGAGGAGUCGGGUCUGAAUCUGUUCGAACGACAAUUCCAAUCGUGAGUGCCAAAGAGACUUUAUUUUCCGAACCUUGCACAAGUACGCACGAUGAAGCGACGAAUGCAGGAAGACGCCGCAAAGCAGUUGUGCAUCAAAGACCGCACAAAACCACUUUUUUAAUCAAUCAAGAGGCACAAAGAAGAUUGAGAUCUUCAUCCACCGAUAGCGAAGUAGAGAAAUUAAGGUCUCUGCACAAGAUAACCGUUUGCGCAUCUCGCAGCCGAAAGUUUAUACAGAUGCGGACUUCUUGAAAGAUCAGCUGAAAAGAACAUCCUCUUUCUACGCUUCAUUGCAAAACACAGUCUCACACGAGGGGUACGAAGGCAUAACUAAACCUAACUACACGACCUGUUCAUUAACGAAAAAGGCCAACAACAAUAUCACAUGUGCUUAUUAUAAGGAUGUUCCAGUUUCGGAAGACUUUUUGUCAGAGGAUCAAAUAUCGAUGUUCGGACGA